CCCGAGACCCGACACGCCAACUUUUCACUCAGUUCGACAACGCUUCCCCGUCGACACACACCGCAACCAUGGCGACCGAGUUGACCGUCCAGUCCGAGCGCGCUUUCCAGAAGCAGCCUCACAUCUUCCAGAACUCGAAGUCCCAGGCCAAGUCCAAGAAGGCUGGUCAGACCCGCCGCUGGUACAAGGACAUCGGUCUGGGUUUCCGUACCCCCAAGACCGCCAUUGAGGGCAACUACAUCGACAAGAAGUGCCCCUUCACCGGUCUCGUCUCCAUCCGUGGCCGUAUCCUGACCGGCCGCGUUGUGUCCACCAAGAUGCACCGUACCAUCGUCAUCCGCCGUGAAUACCUCCACUACGUCCCCAAGUACAACCGUUACGAGAAGCGCCACAAGAACCUGGCUGCUCACGUCUCCCCCGCUUUCCGUGUUGAGGAGGGUGACUGGGUCACCGUCGGCCAGUGCCGACCCCUCUCCAAGACCGUCCGCUUCAACGUCCUGCGUGUCCUGCCCCGUACCGGCAAGGCCGUCAAGUCGUUCAGCAAGUUCUAA